GCGAUUUGACCAUAUGUUAUUGAAAAGCAUGAUAAAUGCAGGGUAUCCAAUUUCAUUUAACGACAUCUUGGAAUAAGUAUUUAUACAUGUUGUGUAAUAAGUAAAAUAACUUAUUUACUAUAAGCUGUCAAGUUUAAAAGAAAUAAUUGAUUAUUGCGAUUUUUCUUUACGAAUUAAUUUGUUAUAAGGCGACUACAGAGACGAUAUCUUACAUUUAAAAAGUGUUUGCCAUGAGUUUCAUAAUAUUUGAGAUCCAAUUAAUUAUUGUCAUCAAUUUGAAUAUUGGCUUCAUAGACUGCGCAUGCACACUGCCAACGGUGUUGGAUGGAAAUAUAUGGGACAGCAGACAAGGCGCUGUUGUAUUUUCAAACAGUAACUUAACAGUAACAUCUGGAUGGAAUGUCCAAUUAUUUUCCAAAACAAUGUCUGAAUUUACCUGUAUUGAAAGUGACAGCAAUCAUUGGCUAUUUCAGAGUGUCAACAGUGAAGUAGCUUAUGGACCUAGUUACUACGGAUUUUAUUGUGUGAGAUAUACAAAAAUAACCGACUUUAGUUACUAUUAUUAUCUUGAUUCCAAUGUAGAACCUGACGUUGGCAGUGUGAGAAUGUCAUUUGUUGAAGAAUCUGUUGCAAAUGCUGGUGUUACAAUUAGUUCAGUCUGUAAUCCAACCUCCGGACCAAGUGCUGAGGAAUUCCACGUUUUAGUGAAAGAGAAUCAGCAGGCCGAGGUAAAGCAAGUGUUACCUGAUGCGCUGGUAGGAGUAUACGCAUACACAGUUACAGAUGCCUCGACCUCCGGUAUUUGUGGUACUGGUUCUGUAUGGGAUGCUUGCACAAUAAGGACAACAAUUUCAUUUAAAUAUACACUAUGUAGUACACAAAUGUUUGGCUCAACCAAUGGCGAGUUUUACGCUACAAAAUACGUCACUUCCGGUUCUACCAGUUAUGUUAUUAUUAUCAAUGGGGAUUCAACGACGAGUACAAGAUUCACUUGCUUGGCUGUAUCAGGUUCAUCAGUCAGCUCAAAUCCUGGAAGCUGUGAAAAAGGACAGAUAGCCACAUCAAGGACGUCAGACGCAGCAAGUCUUUUAAUAUCUUUAUCAGCUUACGGUGGGCUUUUUUCAUUUUCGUAGUCAACAUAUAUAGUUGGAUUUAAAAGGUUUUUGGUUAUUUUCCUAGGAUUUUCCCGUUCUCUUUUCAACCGUUUUAGUUUUACCGAUAUAUUUCUUGUACAUACAUCUUACAAAAAACUAGGGAACACGGAAAACUUGUACAUACAUCUUACAAAACACUAGGGAACACGCAAAAUACAUAAGUCGAAAUAAAUUAUCAACGCCAUGGCAAAAAUCAAAGACGAUGAAAAGUCAAUCAAGUUCCCUAAACACUUCAUAGAAAAAAAAACACUAAUCAACAUGAACCAAACUAAAAACCAGGGUUGAUCUCAGAUGCUCUUGAAGGGUAAGCAGAUCCUUCUCCUCAUUGACUCCUAUACUAUUUUUCAUUGAAAAUUAUUCAUAUUCUUGAUCAAAUAGUAAAUAUUAUACCCUCGACCAAAGCAUUAAGAAUAUAGAUAAAUAGUCGAUAUGAAAAUUAUGAUCUUUUUUCUGAUUUUGAUGAAACAUCCCAAAAAGGACCAAUGUCAGCUUUACUAAUACACCAUCUUGAUGGACAACUUGAUGUUAUAACAGGAGACCUUAACAUCGUUCGUGACCGAGAGUUGAAAUCAUUCCUCAGUAAAGGACCUAAAUAUCGUCCCCCGUCAAUUAUUAAUUGGAAUGAGUGUCGUAACAUCAUCCACGACUCACUCCGUACUUACUGCUCUAAAUGGAUAACACGAGAAAAAGCUGACAAGAAAUCAUUAGAUUCUUUUUUUAGUUCGGUAAUGAACAUAGUUGAUAUACGUAUUCAACAUUUUAUAGAUUAUUUUACUCCUAACAACAACCAUAAUAGCCCAAUUUCCCGUAUCAAACAUAAGCUAAAAGAACUCGCCCAGGAAUAUAUUUUUGUCCCGGCUGAUAAGGCUGCUAACAAUAUCAUUAUUGUUUGACGUAAAUUUAACAUUGAUGUUCUACAAAAGGAAAUCACGAAUUCACCAACAUUCCAACUGACUCCAUUUUCGGAAAAGGACAUCUGUAACAAACAUAAACUUUUAGCUACCUCUUUACAAGCAGAACCAAAUACAAUGAAAGUUCCAACUACGUUCUGGCUUCCGAAGCUGCAUAAAACUCCAUACAAAUAUAGAUUUAUUUCGUCUUCAAGCCAUUAUUCCAUUACUAAACUAUCUAUUCUACUUGCUAGUACACUUGGUACAAUAAAAAACCUGGUAAAAAUUGUUCAAAUAAGGCAUUUGAAAAUAGUGAAAUUAAUUACUUUUGGAGUGUCAAAAAUUCGUUGGAAGUACUUGAUAAAUUGCAUGCUUAUAUUGGUGAUUUCGAAUCUGUUUAAAGUUUUGAUUUUUCUACCCUAUAUACCACGUUGCCUCAUAGUCUUAUUAAGAAAAAAUUCACACACCUGAUUAAAUGGGGCAUUUAAAAAGUCGGAAUGCGAAUAUAUAUGCUCAAACUCUUUUAGGUCAUUUUUUAGUAACAACAAACAAAAGAACCGUGUCAAUUGGACCUGCUUUGAUACUAUAACUGCCCUUGAAUUUUUACUAGAUAAUAUUUUUGUUCGCCAUGGAGAUUCCGUAUAUCGUCAGGUUAUCGGAAUUCCCAUGGGGACUAACUGUGCAACACUUAUUGCGGACCUGUUUCAGUAUUGUUAUGAGUUACAAUUUAUGACUAAAAUCAGCAAAGACCCAUCGAAACAACAUCUGAUUCAAAAAUUUAAUAACACUUUUAGAUAUUUAGAUGAUAUAUUGGCUCUCAAUAAUGACGACUUUAGUAUGUACACUAAAGAGAUUUAUCCUGCCGAACUGACUUUAAAUAAAGCUCAUUCUAACAAUGAACACUGCCCUUUCCUGGAUCUUGAUAUCUUUAUCUUAAACUGGAAGCUUAAUACCAAAAUUUAUGAUAAAAGAGAUGAUUUUUCAUUUCCUAUUGUUAAUUAUCCAUUUUUAGAUGGUGACGUUCCCUUAUGGUAUUUAUAUAUCUCAACGUGUUCGAUUCGCUCGUGUAUGUAAUAACGUAUUUGAUUUCAACGAAAGAAAUCUCUGUAUUACUGAAAUAUUAUUUCACCAGGGUUUUCGAUAUCACAAACUAGUCAAAACAUUUACUAAAUUUUAUCAUCGGUACAAGGACAUCAUUCGUAAAUAUAAAUCAACAUGCAGACAUCUUAUACGUUCAGGUAUUUCACAUCCAAUAUUUUAUGGUAAUAUUCUUUACAAAGCAUAUAAAUGUCGGCAUUCACCUCAAAAGCUAACCAAACCUUUAAACAGACUUAUUCGGAAAGGAUAUAGUUACGAUACUGUUGUCAAGUCAUUAAGGAUUGCAUAUUUUGGUAUUAAUAUUGAUUCACUGAUAGGGUCUUUGCAUCGGAAAUAAACACAUUUAUUCUAAAACCAGUUGUUGGCAUGAUACGGGUUAUGUUCUUCUCAUAUAUUUUAUAAUGGUAUGAUACUUAACCCCUAACGGGAGGGAUUGCACUUGAUUUUCAUAUGAUGAAGACAUAAUCUUUCAAUCAGUUUAAUUGAGGUCUGGAGCUGGUAUGUCAGUAACUGCUAGUAGUCCUUUUUUCAUUUAUGUAUCAUUGUCAUUUUGCUUAGUUUCUUUUGUUACCUAUUCUGACAUCGGACUUCUUUUAAACUGAGUUUUACUGUUCGUAUUGCUAUGUGUUUCUUUAUUCUACAUUGGCUAGAGGUAUAGGGGAGGGUUGAGAUCUCACAAAACAUGUUUAACCCCGCCGCAUUUUUGCGCCUGUCCCAAGUCAGGAGCCUCUGGCCUUUGUUAGUCUAGUAUGUUUUUUAAUUUUAGUUAAUUUAUAUGUUUUGGAGCUUAGUGUGACGUCCAUUUUCACUGAACUAGCACACAAUUUUAUUUAUGGGCCAUCUGAGGACCACCUCCGGGUGCGGGAUUUUAUGGCUGCAUUGAAGACCCAUUAGUGGCCUUCGGCUGUUGUCUGCUCUUUGGUCGGGUUGUUGUCUCUUUGACAUAUUCCCCAUUUCUAUUCUCAAUUUUAACUGAAAGAAUAAUGGGCGUAAUAUGUUUACAAACAUAUUUAUGUCUUUCAUUUGACAUAUAUUUGACUGAAGAAUACCAUUUGUAGAACCGAAAUAUUUGUCAAAUGAAACAUUCUCAAUAUUGGCAAAUUUCAUUAAGUUGUCAUGAAGAUCGCUAUGGACUAUGGAAAUUGACUAUUUGUCGGAAUACUUUUCUUUAAAUAAUAAAGGAAGCGAUUCAUACCAAUCAGCGAUCGUCUAGAAUAGGCUAUAUUACGGAGACAAGAAUCAUUUUUUUUAUAAAAUCUAACAAUUUGCGCAAACCUUAAGACUUUUUUAUACAAAAUAGUGCCAAACAAUUCAAAAAUUCAACCUAACAGAGUUGAAACAGAUUUUUUUCUUUACUUCCUCACUGAAACCUGAACCUUUUACUUUGGCUUUUAUGGCAACACCACCUACGAUUGCGCAGCCCACCUUAUCCCUUCUCUAUCAUCGUAGGUAUCGAACAAGGGUGACUUAUCAUAAUACACGCAGUAUUAUAUGUGUGAUUAGGUUUCAUUUCAUUAUUGAAACUUAUUUACUUAUGUGUUUGUUUCUUUUUCAGACACAUGUCGUAAGUAAUAUAUUAUUUUUGUUUUAUUUUCAUAAAAUUUUAUAUGAAUAAAUUGAAAGUUUUAAUAGAUUGUAGAAAAACCAUAACAAAUACCAAUUUAUAAAUUGGCACAUUCAAAAUAAAAUAUUAUAAACAUAUAUUACUUGAACAAUGGUUUUUAAGCACAUUAUGUCCUUCAUUUAAACGGAUGCAUUUAGAAAAUUUGUAAACCCUAUUGUUAUAGUAAUAAACCCACUGUUUUAAAUAAUUGAUUUUAACCAUUUUUUUAAAUCUAUUUAGAUAUAACUGUUUUUCAUUUGUACAGAAUCUACCUCAGCUGCUCCGGCGUCCCCAUGUAAUGUUGGAAUUAUAGCUGGCGUAGUAGUUGCACUUAUCAUUUUAAUAGCGUGUGCUAUUGGUGGAUAUAUAUGUUAUCAUAAAUAUAAGAAAAAACCGUUCCCAUGGCAAAAAUCAAAAGUACAGAAUGGA